GAAAGAUCCUCCUGAGUCUGCUGUCUACGUCACUCCUCACGCUUCAGCGUAUUCCAAGAUGGCGCUGCAGAGGACGGUGGCGCGGGUGCUGCGCAUAGGGACAGAUUUAGGGGUCAGCAAUAAGGCGAGGCAUUUUAAAACGGCAGCUGUACUGUGUCGCCGGACUGCACCUCUUGGUCCAAUGCCAAAUGAAGACAUAGACUGGAAGAACCUGGAGGCUCUUGAAAAAUAUUGUAGCUAUACACGCUACCUCCAAACUGCAGAGGAAGCCAUUAAAAAAGACGUCUGGUGGAAGACCUACAGGAAACAUCUGGAACAGAAAUCUGACAAUGACUUUAAGCCAGUGGACAUCGGCUUGCCUCACUGCCGACCCUCCAGGUUAAAGGAAGCUCAGGAAAGAAGAAAGGUGAUGAAGGAAAACAAAAAGAAUCCGGAACUGGAGAGAGCCGCUCGUCUACGCACGUUUCGCAUUCCUUUAGAUGAAGUGAAGCAGGAAUGGGAGAAAACUAAUGGUCCUUACCACAUACGGAGGCUGGCAGAGCACUAUGGAAUAUACAGAGACCUUUUCCCCAUGGCUUAUUUUGUUCCAAGGGUAAUGCUCAGGGUGGCGUAUGGUGAUGACAAGAAUGCCAUGGUGCAUUAUGGCAAUCAUUUAUCACCUAGUCAGGCUUCAUCAGCGCCUCACAUUAGCUUCGAGGCAGAGGAGAAUUCUCUUUGGACGUUGCUGCUAACAAGCCCAGAUGAACACUUGCAGGAUGGUGAACAGGAGUAUGUGCAUUGGCUGGUUGGUAAUAUUCCUGGAAAUGCUGUAUUUUCUGGAGAAGAGAUCACUCAUUACGUGGCUCCGUUCCCUGCCAAGGGAACAGGAUUUCACAGAUACAUCUUUAUCCUUUUCAAGCAGGAAGCUGUUGUUGACUUUCGCAGUGACAUCAGACCAAAGCCCUGUUACAGUCUACAGCAGCGAAGUUUCAAGACUUUAGACUUCUACAGGAAACAUGAAGAUCAAAUGACCCCCGCUGGACUGGCUUUCUUUCAAAGCCAGUGGGACAACUCGGUCACCAAUACCUUUCACAUGUUGUUCAAUAUGCGAGAGCCAGUGUUCGAGUAUGACCGACCACCAGUGUAUCACCCACCCCAGAAAAAAUACCCUCACGGACAACCGCUGCGAUACAUGGACCGCUACAGAGGCAGAAAAGAACACACAUAUGGCAUUUACUAAAAAGACAUGCAUUUCUUGUAGAAAUUUCU